CACUUUUCCCGGUGCCAUGACGGGCUGCCCCAUCGCCGGGUUGUUGCCCGUCGUGCCGCCCGCGCUGCCCGCGCUGCUGGGGUUCGGGCGGUACCAGUACGUGAUGAUGUCCUCCUCAGGAGUCGUCGUGCUCUGGUUGCCCGAUUUGUAGGCGUCGAUGUAGUACGGAAGCAGGGUUCGCCACGAGUCGUGUGGGUUGUUGUUCACGUAUCGAGAGGCGCCCUCCGGAAUGCCUGCCUCGUAGACGGGGCCGAUGUAAUGCGAUUCGCCGUAGUCGUUCCAUGUGAUGAUCUGUCGAGUCAGCUAAGGCACACACGACAUAGAGAGAGAGAGAGAGA